AUGGCCGCAAGAAGCACACAGUUGCUGCGCAUCGCGCUCACACGAAGCGCCGCUCGUCCAGCUAUAUCCCCACGUCUCAUCCCUACGAGAGCAGCAGCGGUCGCCUCCUCGUCGUUCCAUACGACCCCCCACCGGCGCUUGCCGUCAGACGACCCCGGCGGCAAGCCCAACACAGGCCAGCACCGCACAGUCUACGACGACUUUUUCAACAUCCUCGAGUCGGCUACGCCCGCAAUCGCUGUCUCUGUCGCCUCGACCUCGCCGACCUCCCUAACACUCGCCGACGGCCUCGUGCUCUCCGAACCCAUCGUGAUCCUCAAUAACCAGGUAUUCCUAUGGGACCACCCGAAGCUCAACCAGGACUACGCAGUUCCCAGCGGCAUUGGCUGGGAGGAUUGGCUCGGCGCAAUGGUUCAACCCGGCAAAAAGCUCGAGGUGACACCGAGGGUCAAGGAGAUCUUCAAGGUGUUUGAGCUGGUCGAUGAGCGACCGGAGAUCAUACUCUUCGGCACAGGGAAGCGGGUCUUGCCACCACCGGGACCGAUCAGACAGUACAUCAAUGAGUUGGGCAUUCAACUGGACGUGCAGAGUACCCACGACGCAGCAUCAACGUUCAACAUGCUCUCGGAAGAAGGAAGGAAGGUGGCCGCCAUCCUCAUCCCCGCCGAGCCAACACCGAAGAAGCGAUACACCCCGCAGGAGCUGCAGCGUCUGUUGACGGGUCAAUGA